AUGGCAGUAGUCAUCAGGCUUCAGGGCCUGCCCAUAGUGGCUGGGACCAUGGACAUCAGACACUUCUUCUCUGGCCUCACCAUCCCUGACGGGGGCGUGCACAUUGUUGGGGGCGAGCAUGGUGAGGCCUUCAUUGUCUUCGCCACAGAUGAGGAUGCUCGGCUGGGGAUGAUGCGCACAGGUGGGGCUAUAAAGGGUUCCAAAGUGUCCCUGCUGCUAAGCAGCAAGACAGAGAUGCAGAACAUGAUAGAACUCAGCCGGCGCAGGUUUGAGACUGGAGCAAGUGCAGUGGAAACGGCUGCUUCUACAGCUGGGAAUGCCAACAGGCAGGGAGGCCCUGCCCCGAUCCCUGCUGUGGGUCAGCCAGGAAGCGCGGGAAGAAGUGGUAGCCAUAGUAACCAAGGUUUUGGCAACACCCAGUCCUCUGUGACUCCAGCAACCACAGUGCAAGAGCAGCAGACCAAUAAGGCAGUAGCUACCAGUCUGCCCAGUAUGGCUCCCAGCUUCACAAACAGCUAUAGCCCCGCCCCCACCAUUACUACAGGACCGCCCCCCAUCCCACCCCUCCCAACCAUGCCCUCCAUGCCCCCACUCCCCACCCUACCUACCAUGCCUGUCCCCCCUCCUGUCCCCACUGUCUCCUCCCUCUCCCAAGGCCCCCCUGUACCACCUAUGUCCCACCUCCCCCACAUGACCUCCCUACCGCCCUUCAACCCGUCCUUGCCUCCUCCUGCAGGUUUAGGCUCUGGCCUCCCCUUGGGGACCCCCAACCCAAUGCUGUUUAACCCCCUCAAUCCACUGGCCUCCCUGGGCCUUCAGGCCCACAUGAAGGCUGCUGCAGCAGCAGCCACUGGUGGAGGACCAGCCAACCCAGAUGAACUGUUUGUCCUCCUACAGAACCUCCCCUUCUCCUGCUCUGAGAUAGAGAUCAGGGAGUUUUUUCGCGGUCUGGGGGUAGAGGCAGUUCGUGUGCUGAGAGAUGGGCAGGGCCGGGGGAAUGGCAGAGCGCUGGUCAGGUUCUUCUCUCCUCAGGACAGCUUUGAGGCUGUAAAACGGGGCGGGGGUAUGAUGGGCCAGAGGUUCAUUGAGAUUUCCCCAGCAACUGAGCGACAAUGGGCCAGCCUCAAUGGUGGUGCUGUAGGUCCAGUCUCACACAUCAACAACAAACCUAACUGCAACGAGUCUCAGGACCUACAGCAUCGCCGAGAUAACACUGGUUUGGGACCAGGAGGCAGGGAGCAGCGUGGGAGGUCUCGCUCUCCUCAUCGUCAAGAAUUAUGCAUCUAUCUGAAAGGUCUCCCUUAUGAGGCAGAGAAGAAGCAGGUCCAGGAGUUCUUUAAGAACUUGUCCAUAGUGGAGGACAGCAUUUAUAUUGCUUACAGUCCCAACGGCCGGGCCACAGGAGAAGGCUUCCUGGAGUUUAAGAUGGAGCAGGACUAUAAAACUGCUCUGGGGGCACACAUGCAAUACAUGGGCAGCCGUUUCAUCCAGGUCCACCCAAUCAGCCGCAAGGGAAUGCUGGAGAAAAUUGAUGCCAUCCGCAAACGCACCGCCAUGCAGGGAGAUGGAAAAAGCCAAGAUGGCUCUAAAGCUCCCAGGAACUGUGCCCACAUCACCAACAUCCCCUACAAUGUCUCCAAGAAGGAUGUCCGUGCCUUCCUGGAGGGGGUAGGCCUUUAUGAGGACAGUCUGAAGGUUCUAACAGAUUGCCACGGCAAUGGGCUGGGCCAGGCCAUUUUCCAGCUGAGGACAGAGGAAGACGCCCGCAAAGCGGAGAGGCUACACCGACAGAAACUUAACGGUCGAGAUGCCUUUGUCCACCUGGUCACCUUCGACCAGAUGAGAGAGAUAGAGAGAAAUCCUCCUCCUCAGAACAAGAGGGGCCAGCGGAACCAGAACCAAAACCAGCAGAAUCAGCAUCAGCCCAGCCAGCCCAGUCCACAGCAGUCCCAGAUCAAUCCGUUUGCUGGGAUUAGCGGUGAGGAGUUUAACUUUCUGAGGAACACAAUGGGAAACCUCAAUGCCACGCCGUUUGUCUCUCCCUUCUCAGCACCUGGAAAUGGGCUGGCUGGCCCACCUCCGCUGCCUCCUCUGGCCGCUGGGCUUGGGGAUGUGGGACUGGGUGUGGCGCCACCACUAGUGGCUGGUUUGCCAGGAGGACCCAUCCUAGAGCCACCAGGCUUCCGACCUGGAGCUGCAGGAGGUCCUCCAUUCAACCAGGAGGCUCUGAGAGGACUUGCGCCCUUCGACGUGUCCAACAGGAAGGGGGGAGCAGGAGGACAGAAUAGAGGAGGUGGAGCUAAUAACAACCAGGGGCGGCCAGGAGGUGGGGCUAGCAGUGGACAGCAGGCAUUUGUACCUGGAGCCGACAGUCUAAGGAACCAGCAGGCUGCUGGUGGGCCUGGUAACCCUGGCAACCAGCGCAGUGGUGCUGGUGGCCCAACAAUUGUUAAACUGCAGAACAUGCCAUUCACAGUAACCGUGGAUGAGAUCAUGGACUUCUUCUAUGGCUACCAGGUUCUGCAAGGCUCUGUGUGUCUCCAGUUCAGCGAGAAGGGACUGCCCACUGGAGAGGCCAUGGUUGCCUUCCAGUCCCAUGAUGAGGCCACGGCAGCGGUCAUGGACCUCAACGACAGGCCCAUUGGAGCACGCAAGGUCAAAAUCAGUCUCGGCUGA